AUGGCAAACUCACCCACUCCUGAACCAAUAGUGAUGGCUUACCCAUUCAAAAAUCUUGACACCGAACUUCAAGUCUUCAACCAAUCGUUCCACUGCCAUUCCUCAGUACUGAAAAAGCAUUCCGAGUACUUCGCACGAUCCUUCGAUCCCAAAUUCAAGACACGUAAGGAUUUUCCUCAAGGAGAAGAAUCAAAGUAUAAAUGGAUUACACAUGUUGAUAAGAAGGAGGCAAAUGGUCGACCACACAAGCAGCUCAUAGGAUGGUCUUUGGAGUGGGAAAGAUCGGUGACGGAAGAGGAGAAGGAGAGAAAGUUUGUUGGGGAUGAGCUGAAAAAUAUCAUAGCUUUUGAUAUACUUUUGCGUUCAAUGUACUCUGAACCUUUGACAGAGUCAUGCGUCGAUUUCCUAGAGCUAGCAAUUGUCUUGGCUGAGUUCUUUAUUGCGAUUCCAUGUCUGUCAAGAGCCGUCGAAAGUUUGAUCAGUACGGAAGGUUUUGAGGUAGAGAUUCCUGAGAGUUGCUUGGAAAAAUUGGGCAUUGUUGUCGAAGAAGGGCAAUAA